GCGAGACGGAAGACUUGCAGACCUGCUACUUCAGGAACAAACUCAGUUUAAACUUCUUAGCAUCCCGUUUAGCGAAUAUCACCUGGAGGCAUGAAGAGACCGCUGAGCCCGACGUGCCUCCUGGAGAACGGGCGGAUAUGCCUUCCCAUCAGCCCCUGCCUGGAGCUGAAAGACCCCGGCAGCUACACGGACCUGCGGGCGCAGCGGGAGAAGAAGAGGCUGCUGUUCUCCCUGUGCGAGGUCUGCAACAUUCAGCUCAACUCGGCCGCCCAGGCUCAGGUCCACUACAACGGCAGAUCCCACCUGAAGAGGGUCAAACAGCUCAACAACGGGGAGCUCCCCACCGGCGACCAGCCCGGCGCCACCCUCGGGAGCGGCAGUUCAGGAAGUUCAUGCCAUAGCAACCCACUUCCCACUGCUGUGCAAACUCCAUCUCUGAUGAUGCAGUCCACACUGGACAUGAAACCUUUCAUGCCUUUUCCAGUGGAUGCUACGUCUCCGGUGGGACUCUUUCCCAAUUUCAAUACGAUGGACCCUGUGCAGAAAGCUGUAAUUAACCACACGUUUGGAGUUUCCAUCCCUCCGAAGAAGAAGCAAGUUAUUUCCUGCAACAUCUGCCAGCUCCGCUUCAAUUCAGAUAGCCAAGCCGAGGCGCACUACAAAGGGAGUAAACAUGCCAAGAAGCUGAAAUCACAGGAGUCCACCAAAAAUAAGCAGAAAAGUGCACCUACCAAGGACAGCGCAAAGACAAUCAGCACUUCCAGCACUCUCACUGCCAGCACCUCUGACCAAACAGACAAGACUGCAGCACCUCCAAACGCACCUAAACCCUGCACGCCCAUGAAAACCUUCGUCCCCGCCUCGAGUGGGCCCCUCACCGUCGCACUCAGCCCCUGCAAGGCCCCGUCGGAGCCCCCGCUCGUGAGCCCGCUGACCGAGGCCACGAAGAACGGACCAAAGCCGACGGCCGCGCCGAUGACCUCACCUGCCCCCGAGCCGACUGCAGAGUCAGAGGAGGAAAAAGCCAAGAAGCUGCUCUACUGUUCCCUAUGCAAAGUGGCUGUUAAUUCACUGUCUCAGCUGGAGGCCCACAACACAGGUUCAAAGCACAAAACAAUGCUUGAGGCCAGAAAUGGAGCAGGUCCAAUUAAGUCCUACCCCAGACCUGGGUCCAAGCUAAAAGUCCAAGCCACAACCAUCAAGGGUUCCGGUUUACAGAACAAGACUUUCCACUGCGAAAUAUGCGAUGUCCAUGUCAAUUCAGAAAUUCAGCUUAAACAGCAUAUUUCCAGUAGGAGGCACAAGGACAGAGUUGCUGGGAAACCCAUGAAGCCCAAAUACAGCCCUUACAACAAGCAGCAGCGCAGCUCCACAGCACUGGCAGCCAAACUCGCAUUCCAGAAGGACCUGGUGAAGCCGUUGUCACCUCCGUUCAUCUCAAGCCCAUUCUCCCCCACCACCCUGCCCUCCAUCACUCUGCACCCGCGUCCCAGCGCCUCCCUCUUUCAGGCCUCCGCCCUGACGCCCUCCUUCCUGCGUGCUGCUCCGGGGCCCAUUCGGCCCACGGCAGGGUCCAUCCUCUUCGCCCCGUACUGACCCCUCCAUGCGCUGCAGCAGCGGCAGGGCAGCGGAGAAGAGACAGAAGUGGUAUGGCAGCAGAGGGUAGGCAGCAGCGGCAGGGCAGCAGUGGUAUGGCAGCGGAGAAGAGACAGAAGUGGUAUGGCAGCAGAGGGUAGGCAGCAGUGGCAGGGCAGCGGAGAAGAGACAGAAGUGGUAUGGCAGCAGAGGGUAGGCAGCAGCGGCAGGGCAGCAGUGGUAUGGCAGAAGAGAAGAGGCAGCAGUGGUAUGGCAGCAGAGCGGAGGCAGCAGAGAGGGGGCAGCAGUGCUUUGGCAGCAGUGGUAUGGCAGCAGACUGGAGGCAGCAGAGAGGAGGCAGCAGUGGUAUGGCAGCAGAGCGGAGGCAGCAGUUGUAGGGCAGCAGUGCUUUGGCAGCAGUGGUAUGGCAGCAGACUGGAGGCAGCAGAGAGGAGGCAGCAGUGAUAUGGCAGCAGAGCGGAGGCAGCAGUUGUAGGGCAGCAGAGAGUCGCCGGUGGGUGAGCAGCGCCCUCCGCACACGUCCCACCCGGCCGAGCCAUCAGCUCCAUCGGUGGGGCCAUGAGGAUCUAACCAACAUUGUGUAUUUAUUCAAAUCGUUUACCCUGAACCUUCUGCUUCACCCAAGCAGAUCUGUCAUUGGGUUUGUAAAGCAGAUAGAUAAGGAACAAAAAAAAGCAUCAAAGUGCUUCCUGAACAACUUGAAUUCCCACCGUCUUCCGAACCAAUGAAACAGACACGUCCGUACAUACUGCAGUACUUUCAUCCUCAAGAUAACGACAACGCCCAGUUUAAUCAUGUCUUGAUGUCGUCAGGACUAUUGUGCUUUCUUUUCGGCAUCAGUGGAAUUGUGUAUUGUGUAGUUAGCUAGCUGUAGUAUCUGUAGUUUCAUGAGGAAUUCAGUGCAUACUCUUUCUACAUUUGCCAGUCAGGAUGAUUAACCGAUUGGACAUGACAUAAAUGACAUAAGAUAUUUUUUUCAUACAUUAAACAUUUUUCUAAAGACAGCAGCCUAAAUAUAAUGUAAGAAAUAUCUGCAUUUUCUCGGUUUUCAUCAUCUGUAACGUCAGAGUUCUCAUUGUUUUGUUACUGCUCUUUUACAUCGUUUUUUUUUUUUACUGUUUUUUUUCCAAGAAAAAAGUUUAAAUGUUGAACCAUUUUACUUGCUUGUUUUUGGCACGAAAAUCCUGGGCCUUUUUAUUUCUGUGUCAUCAAUCAUUUCUAAUGGUGCUGCAUUAUGUCGCAGCUCUUUAUUGCAAUAAUGUACAGAGCAUUAGCUGUUUAAAUUGGAAAUAUUGUAUUUAAUGUUUACCUUACGAGUGGCAAUACCAAUUUUAUUGUACAGCGGAAACUAGAGAUGCAGUACAUAGAUGCAAUUAUUUGUAUUCUUUGAAUCAGGAAAAAAGCAAUCCACAUGAAGAAAGACAAAUAGAUGUUCAUUAGACUGGAGUACUUGUUUAGUGCAUAGUCUGUACAUGAUAAAUUUCCUUUUCAAUAAAAUAAAUUAUAAUGAUUUGUUCUCAUAUUAGUAUAUAUAAUGAUUUUUAAUAUAAGAAAUGUCUGGACACAGAAAAUCCUGUUUGUAUAUAGCUGACCUGAAGAGUUUAAUAAUAUAAAAGCAUGCAUGUAAGAACAGUGAUACAUAUUUAAUUCUGUAUGAUCUGUAUAGUAUUUAUUUUCUUAAAAUUUUUAUGAUGCAAAUGAGUACAAAUUAUGACUUCAUUAAAUUUGCUUUGAGACAUUCAAGGACAAA